UCAACAGUAGCCACUCGUGUAAAUGUUUCAGACAAGGAAGAUCGCAUCGUGGUUGUCUGAGAAGAUGUCCAGAGAUGGGCACGCAGUGGCACUGCUGACGGGAGAGCUGACGGUAGAGCAGAGGAUUGCGGUUCUAGAUCGCUUCCGGGAAGGCAUCGAGAAGGUGCUGAUCACCACCAACGUGCUCGCCAGGGGUAUCGACGUCGAGCAGGUGACUAUUGUGGUGAACUUCGAUCUGCCAGUGCUGGUGAACCGGCGGGCAGAUUGCGAGACGUACCUCCACAGGAUCGGCCGGACAGGUCGCUUCGGCAAGGCUGGCAUUGCUAUCAACCUGGUUGACGGACAGGAGGCGAUGGGGCUGCUGCGGCAGAUCGAGGAGCACUUCG